ACCGCCGGGCAGGGGCGAAGCAUGCGAGCGGGCGGGCAGGAGUGAGGCGGCGCGGACUUAUGCUGCCCGCCCGUGCCUCCAAGAGUGGGCCCAUUCCCCGAUUCUGUCCCCACCCACCCGCGCGCUCUGAGGUCAGAUAGGGCGUGUCUGCAGAAAGCAGGCAGGGUGGGCACCGCCACGGCGGAAUCUGAGCCGGCCGACAGGACCCGGGCCUGCUGCCUCCCGCCCUGACCUGGGUGUCUCCUCUUGAGGAAUGUGUGCAAGUUCCCUACCCUGGGAGAAUCCCAAGGAUGCCAGUGUUUCCACCUGGAAAUCACAACCAUUGUACAGAGGGAAACGCCUAAGGGACUGUGGACUGGCGCUGACCCCUCUACCCCGCCCCCAGGAGCUGGUGAGCAAACUGCUGCACUUGCACUUCAAGGAUGCCAAGACCAAAGUCAGUGGGGAUGCACUGCAGCUUAUGGUGGAAUUGCUGAAGAUCUUCGUUGUGGAAGCAGCUGUCCGUGGGGUCCGGCAGGCCCAAGCAGAGGAUGUGGCCCUUGUGGAUGUGGAUCAGCUGGAGAAGGUGCUCCCUCAGCUGCUCCUGGACUUCUAGGGAUCCAAAAGCUGCCCCACCUGGAGCAGGCAUCUUGUCUGGUUUCAGACAGGGAAGAGCCUGAGAGGUCUGGAGCAGGUUCAAACCAGAGUUUGUACCACAUUGGGAAGACUGUUCUCCACCCUUCUCAGGAUGGUGUCAUUUGCCCAGUGUUGCUGUAGAACACAGACAGUGGAGGGUCUCGAGGACAGGCCCAUAGGGAUGGUGCCUGGGGUCCCUUGCCUCUCGUCUUUGGGGAAAUUGCACCUGCUGGGAGGGGUCCCUGGGAAGCAGGUGCUGGUGAAGGGCCGGCAGGUAGCCUGCAUGUUUUCUCCACAUUCCUUCCACCCAACAACAAAACUGGCUUGUAACUUUCAGUCAUCUGAUACUCUCCUAAGAAGAGGCUUCCCUGAGCUAUAAAUUUGUUCUCACAAAGCAGCAUCAAUAAAUCAAAAUGUAUCUCUCAGGCUGGACCCUCUUAUUACCA